AUGGCUGCGCGCGGCUGGCUGGGCGCCUUUGGCCUCUUGCUGCUGAGCGGCGCCUGGGCGGCGGGGCUGGUGGGGGCGCCGCGGGAGGCCCCCCUGGACGCGGAGGCGCAGCAAGCGCUGCAGUUCGCCAUGGAGCGCUACAACCGCGGCAGCAACGACGCCUACCGCAGCCGCGUGGCCGAGGUCGUCAGCGUGCACAAGCAGCUUGUUGCUGGGAUCAAGUACAUUUUCAAGGUUAAAGUUGGGCGAACAAGUUGCAGAAAUUCCGAAACGGUUGUCGAGGACUGUGCGUUCUUGGAGUUGGAUCAGGCAAAGGUGCGUGUCAGAUAUAAGCAGACUGUUAAACAUUAUUAA